AUAAAACAAAUGUCGAAUUUCGGAAAAUUUGAAUUUAAAUGGAACACUGAAGACUUCGAAAUUAGGACAAAAUCAGUGGAGAAAACUUUGGAACCCCUCAUUAACCAUGUGACGACCUUAAUGCAAGACAGUCCGUCUCGGGUCAAGAAAGGUCAAUCUAAGAAGGCCCAAACCCUUAUAGCAGCCGUACAAAUGGCCACGGAAAAUUUUAUCAUGCAGGGUGAGAUGAUAGCAAGCGAGUACCCAGAGGUCCAGAAAGAUAUGUUGAAGAUCAUCCAGGACGUUCGAAACAGUGGGGGCCAGCUCUGCCAAUCGUCCCUGGAAUUCUCCCAAGCCCCCUGUUCAUCAGAGAGUAGGGUGAAGAUGGUCCAAACGGCCCGCACGUUGUUGAGGGACGUGACGAGACUGCUCAUAUUGGCCGACAUGGUGGAUGUCUUCUUGCUACUGAGGUCUCUACAGAUUAUAAAUGGCGAUAUAGAUCGAAUCUCGUCCGCCCAAAAUAAUCAAGAACUGACGAACUGCAUGGAUCACUUCAAUGAGAAUCUCAACGAGGUCAACCAACGAACCGGCUCUAGACAGAUGGAUCUGAAAGAUGAAAGAAGGCGGGAGGAUCUGGCGGCUGCAAGGGCGGUUCUUAAAAAGAGUUCCGUUAUGUUGUUCACCACUACUAAGACGCACGUACGCCACCCCGAGCUGCAGGCUGCUCGUUCGAAUCGCGAUUUUGUCCUUGGCCAGGUGAGAGAGGCGGUCAAGGACAUUUCGAACGUUGCCAUGGAAACCGGGUCACACAGAGGUCACGACCCUUCGCGAAAGGUCAAAGGGGACAUUGCUAAUGCCUUGGAUGAGUUUGAGAACCAGAUUAUUAUGGAUCCGAUGAGUUACUCUGAGAAUAGAACUCGUCCCAGAUUGGAGGCCAUGUUAGAAAAGAUUAUAGGCAGGGCGGCCAUGUUGGCCGAUGGAACUUCAACGAGAGAUGAGCGACGAGACAAAAUAAUUAGAGAAUGUCAAAAUCUUAGAAGCGCUUUACAAAAUUUACUCUCGGAAUAUCUAUAUUCGGUAAUUUCUAGAAAUUAUUUAGUGUUUUUGGGGGGUAAAAUUAACCAAGUGUACGGCAGAACUCGAUGUCUCAGAAAGCACCUUAAUAGGUCAGUGAGUGAUCACGUGAGCGACUGCUUUCUUGACACAGAUAUGCCUCUUUUGUUGAUGUUGGAAGCGGCGAAAGAUGGCGAUCAUGAGAGGAUGGAAGCCUACGCAGGCGUCUUUGUGGAGCACGCCAAUAAAUUAAUUGAGGUAUCCCAGAUUGCCUGUUCAAUGUGCACCAACGAAGACGGCAUACGAAUGGUCAGUUUGGCCUGUGACCAGCUCCAGAAAUUAUGCCCACAAGUGGUCAACGCCUGUCGCACCCUCUGUAGCCACCCACGUUCGAGUGAGGCCGCGGAAAACGCCGAAGCCUUUAAAGAGGCGUGGCUUAAGCAGCUGACGCUGCUGACUGACGCCGUCGACGAUUUGGUGUCUUUGGAUGAUUUUUUGGCCGUUUCCGAGCAGCACAUUCUGGAAGAUAUCAACCAGUGCGUCCUUGCCCUUCAAAACAACGACCCCACAAGUUUAGACGAGACUUCCGGCAGAAUCAGAGGGCGCUGCCAAAGAAUUUGUGACGUCACGGAGGGUGAGAUGAUGAGUUUUUUGAGGGGGGGCGAGGGCAACCAGUACGUGGAUAGGGUCAUGGAGUGCGUCAUGGAGCUGAGAAAACAGAUUAUAGUAAGAUUCACCAAUCAAAUGAGUGCAACCAUAAAUGCGCUCAACUCGAACACCCCCGUCGAUGAAAAUGGAUUCGUCCAGGCCUCCAACCUCGUCUACGAAGGGGUCCAGAACGUCAGAAGGGCCGUCCUCAAUGAUCAGAACGUAGGUGAUUAUGAUUCCGACUUGGAAGAUGAAGCAGAAUUCGAAAAGUUCUCGAAAAAUGCCGCCCUACGCAAGAGUCGCCGCCAGGAUAACGUGGUCUUUGAGGAAGAUAGUGAUAGGGCGAGAAUGCGAGCCCUGCCGGAAGAGGAAAGAAAUAAGAUUCAGCAGCAGGUGUUGGAAAGCGCCACAUCAUUAAUACAAGCGGCGAAGAACCUAAUGAACGCUGUGGUGCUGGCCGUCCGAUCGUCAUAUGUCGCCAGCACCAAGUACCCGAAAGCAGGCUCUAACUUGAAUAUAACAUGGCGUAUGAAAGCCCCGGAGAAAAAGCCUCUGGUGCAGCGUGAGACAUUGGAAGACAUGAGGGCAAAGGUCAGAAGGGGUGAUAGUAAGAAGACCAUCGAACCAAUCAAAGCCCUCAGCGAAUUCCAGGCUUAAUUCUGAUUGGAUUGUGGUUUUUUCCGGAUGCUGUCCUUGGUCCAAUCAGAAAUUGGUAUAAAUUUCAAAAUUUAUUUUGAUUAGUGGAAUGAACACGGACGUUUUCUGAGAAACUGACUGAAUGAAUUUUUUUUAAUAGGACGAAUGUGAUUGGUUAAUUUUGAUUCAAAGUUUAUUUUUGUGUGAGUUCAUUGGCUGUCCUUAAUGGCGCGAGAUUGAAUGAUUUCAAAACAGCCGAAUCAAUCUAUAAAUAGAUCUUGAUAAUGAUCAGUUUUUAAUGCAUGAAUUUAGUUUAUUUUUCUUUCUUUGUUUCUUGAACUUUUGUAAACAUUUUAGAAGGAGAAACUUUUUUUGUUGAUAUUAUUUUAUCUAUGCAAACCGGAAAAUGGAUUUUUUUCUCAAUCUAAUGACGUCAAUGACAUUGAUUUUAAUAUAUAUGAUCUUUGGUAACAUUUUAUUUUUAUCUAUUUGUUUCAUAUCUUUGUUUGCCAUUUUUAAAGUUUCUGAUUUUAUUUAUUGAGAAUUAUUUUAGAAAAAGCGAAAAUAAACUUUUUUUU